GCUUGCUUGUGAUUCAUUUUCAUCAUUGGUGAGUGCAGCAAGAUAGUUACUGUCAAAGGCUAGUCUUACAUGAAUUUCGUUGGAUCAAGUCUCGGAGUAAGUAUGUGCGCACUUAUGGCGCUGCUCCCGCGGAAGGUAAUACCAACUUGCUUUUUUAUGUUGUAGCCACUAGUAUCCUUCUUUUCUUGGAUGUUUAUUCGAUCCUUCAAUCAUCUCAUCGCAUCUACGAUUGAUGAAAUUAUCUGCACGGAAUAGGUACGGAGUAGCUUCGCCGCUGUAUUGUUGUUUGUUAGUGUCCUAGUUUUCCCAAAUUUGACUUGAUUUUUCAUAUGGUAAAUGGUGCGCUGUGAUUCAUUUUGAUUUUAGUUGUCCGACUGGGAUUGAGUAAGAAUUUCCAAGAUAGUUCACACUUGUGGGUCGAUGUUGUUUCCUUGUCCAUACUAGCAUCCUUGUGGGUAGGAGUAGCCUUUCACAUAUCCGCGCGUCUUCCUAGACUGGCAGCGACAAUGGCCGCUAUGCAGGAGCCUCGACCGCAAGACGUGUCUGUGAGCCCAUGGAUACUGCACUUGCCUGAUGCACAAGACUCUACUAGCCAGGACCCGAGCACGUGGUCGGCGCGCUGCCUCUGCUGCGUCAAGCCCGGAGGUUAUGCGGAGCCGGAUCCUCUGAAAAAGUACGGAGCCACUUCUAAUGGACUUUGAUAUUUAUUCGUGUAUACUAUGCUUUAUCUGAUGAUUUAGGCGGCAAGCCCUUGACUCACUUGUUGAAAGAUGUCACUAGAUCAGUAUAACUACAGUAGUUCGGAAUAUUCUCCCGUAAACUUUCGGUGGUUAUUUACUCCAUGACGUUCUUGGUAUCCGAUACUGAUCCACCUGUCAAAAAAGGUAUAAGCACUGGUCAGCGAGCCACGCGAACGCGCAGAGAAAUAGAUGCAAAAAACAGCACUUGCCAGGGUCCGUAGAUGAAAUGAAUAAGAUUUUGGCAGAGCGCAGGCGAUUGCAGGAUCGAUACGGUGUCCACCCUAAAGAUACGAAGCUGCACACAAUCUUUUUCCUGCGCACGAGACUGGAGCCCGGUCCCAUUCAGCGCGCAUAUAUAGCAACUUCGCGCUUGAUUUCGCAACUUUGGUCAAGGUGUAGGAAGAACAUAGAGGCAAGCGAUGGGCCCUACGACUACGCAGACGGGUACCUAAGCGCGGCACUCCUUCCAGUUCAAAAAACUUUCUAAUUGAUGGUGGCCGUCUGCCCGCAUCGGUCUUUACCAUGUUUUCACACACCUCACUUUCUACUUCUAGUUUGGUUCUUCAAGUCUGUUUCUUAUUCUUUGUUGCUAGAUGAAAAACCAAAUCAGUCUGAGUAUGCAACUGAGACAAUAGCUAUGGUCAUAUUUAGGUUCGACAUCAGCGAAGAGGAAAAGGAUAAGGAGCGCGACCGGUAUGACCGCAUCCUGGACAUGUUGGACAGCGUGAAAGUCCACACCACUCGAGGCGAAGACCCUGCAACUCAAGACGACAUUAAGACUUGGGCUUUUUGUAAAUCUUUUCAAGAACUCAAACUUUGCUGUGAUGAAGUGAAAGUAGCCCCGCGCUCGCAUCUUAGGACUUGCUUCGGAACGAAAUAAGCUGUAGCACGUUUUAUCUGGCGACUACCUUCAGAGAGACGGUGGCCAAAGGCAUUCCAUUAUGAUGCAUUUCUAAUUUCGAUGAGGACUCGGGGCAUCGCGCCCACGGCUCGACUCGUCGGCGCUCGCGCAGUCGCCAACGACAGACGAGGAGCAGAGAGCGGGAACGCGAUCGUCGUAGGAGACGAUCUAAUAGUCGGGAGCGAGGCCGACAAACGGAGGAGGAUUUAGAUCGAGAUAUCUAUGUGCAGGAUGAGGAUGGCUGGCGCGUCGAGGAAGAUCCCGACGUAGCGAGUUUGUUGCCUGAAGCGGACUAUUUCCAGAAUCUCGAAGAAGCGCAACUGGGAGAUCAGUUAGGUCCGGCGCACUCAAACAAUCAAUUUGAGCCGCGAAAUGGAGGGGGUCACAGAAACCGUUUUGGAGAGGGCCGCCACCGCGCCGAAACACUAAGCGAGGUACAAAUGCCUAGUUAUGAUCUGCUCUUUCUUGUGGUGUCUGACACUGGCUAUAUGUAUUGACUUCUUUCUAUAUGAUGUGGCCUUCGAUCGUUGCAGCGCGUUCACCAAUUGUAUCUGUGAUCGUUUAUCCGUGCUUGUCCUUUUCAUAUCCAAUGCUUGAGUUUGACUGAAAUAAUUCUUCUCGCGAGUCGGAAUCAGAUACGAAUGAAAGACAUACUCUCAGAGUGACGCAAUUCCAUUCAUAUAUAUCUCUGUCCAGGACGCGUCUAUCUCUGAUGCCGCGGCACUGAAAGACGACGGUGAGACAGAGGACGACAGAUUUUUUCCGCACGAGCAACAGCCUGAGAGGCGGCCUGCCACCAGAAGGCGAGCUACCUCACCUCCGCGUUAUCGAGGGCAGGGAAUGUACGCUCCGACACUUCGCGGGCGCAAUCCAUUCCGAAGUUGAGUCCUCUCAUGCGAUGGUUUUGAAAAACUUACACUUGUAUUUUCGAACGCGUGUGCUCACAUUGUCAAUAAGCUCCAAAUUUAUCGAAUGAAAAGAAUAUACCUACCCGAUAUUCUUUGAAUGCAGCGCUGCGCGACCCCCUCUGCACUAUUCCCCAAUUAAUCAGACUUUUCAAUGGUACGAAUAUCGGCCUUGGUUGUUACCUCUAGAGCAGGUGCAUGGAUAAAUGGGUGAAUGUAUAAACUGGACAAGACACCACCAGUCAGACCCAGUCCUCCAUUCUUUAUGGCCGUGCUGUCACGCAAGAGAUUCUUGUGAAAGUGACGAGACUGGCUACGCAAUAUUUACAAUCAGAAAGUCCAAGACUGGAAUUGGAGAGACUCAGGACGAUAUGUUUACAACGGCUUUGAUACUAUGAAUUCAAGCUGACAAAAGUUACUGUAUCAGUAAGGUGCUUUC